AUGGGAGGCCGUCAACCAGGUACAAUUAUCACUGGUCAAGCUUUAGCCAUAACGGCUGCAGUCAAGACAGUUUUUCCGAAUACUAAUCAUCAUUAUUGCAAGUGGCAUAUCAUAGGAAAGUUUAAAACACAUCUAAGCCAUGUUGAGCGUGAGCACCCAUUAUUCUUAGAGGUAUUUAAGAAGUGUAUUGCAGCCUACACAGUUGAGCAGUUUGAGGCUGAUUGGUUGACUAUGAUUCAGAAAUAUGAUCUUCAAGAGGAAAGUUUACAAAAAUUCAUGAAUGCUAUUGAAAAGUUGCAAAACAAAAAGUUCAUCAAAGAAAAAGAGAAAGAUAGUAAAGAUCUUAUAUCUACACCUGUUCUAAAGAAAACCUUCCUUAUCAAGGAGCAUGCAGCAACGACAUACACUCAAAAAGUAUUUAGAAAGUUCCAAGAAGAGGAUAUAAGGUCUUCAAAUUGCCUUAGCAAAUUAAUAGAAGGCAAUGAUGAAUUCGCCAAAUAUAAGGUGGAAGACAUUGGCGAUGUGCCAAUCUCUCUGAUGGUUGCAUUCAUUGAAUCAGGGAAGAAGUGUACAUGCACAUAUCAGUUCUUUGAGCGUAUUGGGAUCCCUUGUUCACAUAUGCUCAAAGUGUUCAACACGAUGAAUGUAUUGAAGAUCCCAUCUAACUACAUUUUGAGCCGUUGGAGAGUGGAUGCAAAGAAGGGUGUCAAAGAUAAAUGUGGUGUUAGUAGUUCGACUAUAUCUAAAUUUCCGAGUUUCAUUCGACGUCAUGAGCUUUAUGAUCUUGUGAGAACAAUUGUAAAGUCAGCAUUAGAAAAUGAUGAUCUAUUUGAAAAAGUGAAGUUGGGUUUCUCCAAGUUAGUUGAGGAGGUCAAUGCAACAAGGGAGUCUUUGUCAAAUACUCAAGCACCGUCAGCCUCCACUCAUUGCCAUGCCGCUGAAGAUGAAAUAUGUGGCAGUAUUUGGGUCCACCAUAUGCACAAGCAGUUGGACAACCAAGGACUAAAAGGAUAA